UUAAAAUUCCUUGUUUUUCUGCGCCGGCAAAGACAAAAUUCUGUAUAGUCACUUACUUUCCUCUUCACUGCCAACCUAAACGUUUCAUACAGCAAAGAUGCCUUCCAGCACGACUAACUUUCUCUCUCACCUAGCGCAAGUGGAAGUGUGUGAUGUGCAGUACAACAUACGAGUGCUGAAAAUGAAAGAUUCGGUGUUUAUCUACGUCGGCGAGGACAAGGCGGAAACGUUCGACGAACUGGCCAUUGCCAUGCCCGACGCGAACGAUGCUUCUUCCGGUGUGCUAGGCUCGACAAUCAUUGGACCCCGCGAUGGUAGCGGUUCUCAGGAACUGGCGCAGCUAAUAGCGAGGAAGCUCAAGAAACCGGUGUACCUGAGCCUUAGCACGAACGUCCCGAACGAUCGAAUCGUGCGGCCAUCGAUUGAGAAGAAGAUUUUCGAAGACAUCAAAAACAAUAUCGAGUGCUUUUGAAGCUCCAAGCAUAGACAAUACGUCCUUAACGAAGGGAACGGCGGCAUUUUAGAUGGAACACCAGAUUAGUGGCAGGAUGUGCGAUACCUCACGGUAGAGGAAGGGGCUUUUUCCAUAUUAAGUGUGUGAUUUUAAGAUGCUUGCUACAGAUAAUAUUCAAAUACGCUGCGCUAUAUAUAAUAUUUUUUGAGAAUAAACUAAAAUACACAAAGCAGGAAACAA